GCAUAUUUAAUGCUUAAACAAGUUAAUAUAGAUUGAGAUAAAUCAAUUAAAACUGCCAUUUAGCUUUAAAAAAAUGGUAAAAAAAAAUAUUAUGCAAAUGGAUUUACUGCAUAUAAUUGUCGUUAAAUCGUACUAUUAUUAAUUUGCUGUUUUUUCAGCGUCAAAUGUUUCCGACACAACCAAAUUUCUAAGGGAUUUCAAGUGUGAUAAGAAUCCAGGUCAUACGCAAUUUUAUCCAGUAAAUGAUUUCUCGGUGAACCAUAUUGAUGGGAUUUGUAGAAACAAAGAUUUAUUUUUUAUUUGAUUAAAUCUAUGUCUAAACUUACUGUAAGUGUAUUUGUCACAUUCAAAAGCCAAGACAGACCCAAAACAGACAGAAAAAUCGAUAAUGUGUGACCGAAUUUUUAUGUAAGUGAAAAAAACGGUUUUAGACUGAAGACUGGAAUGAUAAUUCAGCUUUGCAAUGCUUCAGAAAAUUGAGGAUUAUGCUGUCCAUGUCAAAACUUUAAUCGAUCUUGUGUACAAACACAUAUGUGGGGGAAGUUGCUUAUACUUACUUCCAGCACUGUUGUUUAUGAUAACAAUGAAGCAGAGAAAACAUGUUUUAAUUUGUUUUACGACUCAUACUCAAAAGAAACAGUCACUUUGUAUGGCAGUUGUAUAAAUGAAAUCAAUGUUGAUGAAGGUUGGUGCAUUGUAGAGUGUGCCACUUGUAAUAUAGAUCUACUAAUUAAGCUAGAUUAUUUGAUCAAAGAAUGUAGUAUUAAAGUGACUAAAGUCAACAAUACAUGGAAAGAACAUGGUCACACAAGUUCUUUCGUUUGUAUUGUGUCUCACCCUCACGAUUUCCCUAAACAAGUCACAAUGGGAUAUUGGAAAGAUAAGGAGGUGGUGCAAGAAAGUAAAGGUAUAGAAUAUACAAGAUAUCAGUACACAACACCUACGUGCCAUGGUAGUGCUGGAGCUUUCGUCUACAUUCUUGGAGUUAGUGAUAUAUCAGCAAAACAUUAUCACGUUUAUUUGGGUGUUAGAAAUGUAGGUUAUAAUUACUGUAGCACUGGUAAGGAAAGGAAAAAUCAAUGAAUAACUACAGAAAACAUUAAAUGAUGUAGAAAGUAGAUAGGAAAACAUAUCAUUAAACAAUAUACGUUUGAAUAUUAAUUUAACAUGUUUGAUUAUUUUUAAUAUUAUUUUGUGCACAUUUAUUAUAAGUAAGGUUUAAUUACUGGGCUAUAUUUAGAAUAGAAAAACAGUACGAAUUAUUAUUCAUGGUUGGUAAAUGGUUAAUGUAAAUAGUUUAAAGGAUAAUAUAAAAUGUGCGAUUUAUUAAAAAAAAAAGAAGACGAAAUAAUCUAAAACGUAUAUUUAAAUGCCAAAGAAAAAGUAAAAUUCAAUCUAUAUGAAAUUAAAUUCACGUCACUUUAAUGUCAAUUUGUAGUUUAUAACAAGUAAUACAAAAUAGUUAUUUAAAGCAAUUAUAUAUAUUUUUUAAUGGACUUAAACUUUCUUAGAAACAACUUAAUAGUAUAUAAAUAUAAAUUUCUUUAAGUUUUUGAAAAUCCAACUUUUAGUUUUUCGUUGUUUAUGAAUCCCG